AUGAUGCUCUCCGCGCUUCGAACCAUCCGAUCUCCGACGAGACGCGCCACAACACAACUGCGCACCGCUGCGACACAAGCACAGAAGCGCGCAGGUGACAUAUCCGAUGCUUUCGCAUCGCUCUCAGGACAGGAGUUCACACCUCUGACACCCGAAUAUGCCGACCUCAAAAGCCGUCUGAUCCGGGGACACGAAAGCGAAAUACGAGAGUCCUGGGAACGCCUCCUUCGGACGCUUCGCGACGAGAUUCCGCUCAUAGUUGGGCAAGGCAGCAAAGUCAUUCCAGAGAUUGACUUCAAAGACAUCGAUAAUGCGCCAGAGUCCUUUAGCAGCGAGCUGCGCAAGAGAGGUGUUGCCGUCAUAAGGAAUGUAGUACCCGAGCAGGAAGCGCUGCAGUGGAAGGAAGACCUGAGGGAAUAUAUUCGCCAGAAUCCUCAGACAAAGGCUUUUCCAGCCGAUAACCCUCAAGUCUUCGAAUUGUACUGGUCGCGUACCCAAAUGCUCGCACGCGGUAAUCCGAACCUCCUCAAAACGCACCGCUUCCUCAUGUCAUACUGGCAUAGCCUCAACCCAAAUAUCCCGCUCUCCACGAAACAUCCGAUAAGCUACGCGGAUCGCUUGCGCAUGCGCUUGCCCGGUGACGCCAAGUUCGCAUUGGGGCCUCACGUCGACGGCGGCAGUGUAGAACGUUGGGACGAAGAAGGAUACGGGCUUGGAAAAGUCUACGACUCGGUAUGGAAAGGACGCUGGGAGGACUUUGACCCUUGGGAAGCCAGCUGCCGUCUUCCGGUCGUCUCAGACCUCCACCAGGGCGUAGGAGCAUGCAGCGCGUUCCGCAUGUUCCAAGGCUGGUUAUCGCUCUCCACAACAGGACCAUUCGAAGGCACGCUUUUGGUCAACCCGCUAUUAGCCAAAGCCACCGCAUAUUACCUCCUUCGACCCUUCUUCUCCCCGAAACGAGGCGUCGAUCCUGGUGCGCAAACAACUUCCGAAGCCAUCACCAACUCAGCAGACUUCCUCGCGUCGGAUAAUUGGGAAAUGGAUACAACACAGAACGCAUGGGUACAUGGCGCAACGCCAGGUCGUGGUCAGGAGCUAUCACACCUCCUGCAUCCGCAUCUUAACCUGCAAAAAUCCAUGAUCCAUAUGCCCACGGUCAGGCCUGGCGAUUAUGUCGCAUGGCACUGCGAUACCAUCCAUAGUGUCGAUAAGACACAUGCAGGCAAGUCUGACUCUAGCGUGCUGUAUAUCCCAGCGUGUCCUAUGACUGAAGAUAACGCGAAUUACCUUGUGCGCCAGCGCCAGAACUUCGUUAAUGGAACCCCGAGUCCUGAUUUUGGCGGUGGUGUUGGUGAGAGCGAGCAUGUUGGGCGUAUCAAGGCUGAGGAUAUGCAUGCAUUGGUUGGCGACGAGGGUUGUCAGGCUAUGGGGUUGCAAGAGUGGGAUAGUGCGGCUGCGGGAUUAGGGCCUGGUGAGAGGGUUAUUCUGGAUAGGGCGAACAAGAUUCUGGGGUUUUAUGAUUAA